CGGUACAAGUGUGCCGGAAAUAGCUGUGUGUGAUAUUGUUUUGUAACAUGUUUACAUUUAGAACAUUAUUGGAUGAUUGAGCAAUUUUAAUGAUGUUUUCACUUGCUAGUUGUAGAUUUUAACUUCUGACAGGAGUUCCAGUAUUAUGCCUUCCGAAAUGCCAAAUGGAGUUCUACCAUUGUUUGUACGAGGGGAAGUCGUCAAAGGAUUCGGUCGAGGGAGUAAAAGUUUAGGAAUUCCCACAGCAAAUUAUCCAGAUGAAGUGAUCUCGAAACUGCCCGACUCUCUUGAGACCGGUGCAUAUUAUGGCUUUGCUAGUGUAGAUGGAGACGAGGUUUACAAAAUGGUGUUAAGUGUUGGAUGGAAUCCAUUCUUCAAAAAUACCAAAAAAUCUAUGGAGACGCAUAUUUUGCAAACAUUUCCUGAGGAUUUUUAUGGAAAAGAACUUCGCAUUUGCAUUGUUGGUUAUAUCCGACAGGAAAGAUCAUAUCCAUCAUUAGAAUCCUUAAUAGAUGCCAUUCGUAAUGAUAUUUCAGUGGCAAAAGAAGAACUGGACAAGCCUGAAAAUCAAUUGUACUAUUCAAAUCCAUUUUUAACAGAUAAGUCACUGGCUAGAAAAAAUGAAGUUGUUUUAUCGUAGAAAAUAAACUUUGAAUAAUGUAUCCUAUAGUUUCUUGUAUGAAAUGUAAUGUCUGCAUAAUUUAUAAUAGCUUUUUCGACUGGUAAGGGAAAAUCUUAAUGCUGUACAAUUAAUUGAGUUUGAGGUACUUUGUUCCUUUUUCCUAGCCAAAUAAUAUUAAUAUAUCAAAAAAUUAGGCAAAAGCAAUUGUGAUUAGUGCAAAAGCAAAAACAAUCUCUCAAUCAUCAUAAAAAGAUGACAGAAUUUAACAAAAAUGUUUGCUGUUAUACUGCAAUAAGGAGCUGUCAAAAUAUAAUCUUAACUACAACACCCCAACUGCCCACUAUGAAAGCUUCAUGGAUCCAUCCCUGCACAGCAUUAACACAUUUUGUUAUUGCCAGGUUUUGAUUUCUUUUAUGCUUUCCUCUAAUGUGUUGGUACUUAUGUAACUUUAAACUAAUUUCAUGCUAUCUUAGAGAGCCACAUAAAAAUGGGAGCUCUUUGUUUUGAAAGAAAACUUCUCAAACGCUCUUGGGAAAAAUAAUGACGAUGUAAAUGUUUUCCUAUAGACUUUGGCUACACAGGCCAGCAAUUUUAAAACUACAUAAAGAAUAAAUGAUGUAUAAAGAAUAAAAUUACUGCAAUGCUUGCAGGUUCAAUCAUGAA